AAAUAAUUAUAUAUAUAUAUAUUAGGGUUUUAUCAUGAUUAUAAAAAAAUAAUGUUGAUAAUUGAUUAUUAAAUACUGGUUCCAAACAAAAAAUACUGGUAUCAAACGGGUCUGGUUUAUCGAAUUAUGAAUUACACAAAAGCUAUUGUUUUGCGGCUAACCAAUGCCAAUAUGUUAAAUAUUGUCUUAAAUUCAAAUGGACUACAAGCAAAUUAAAAAUCCAAGAAGAUGCAGGCAAUCACGUUGCUUGCAUUUCUUUCUCAUCUUCUCUAUAAAUUGCCACAAUAAUUGUUCAUUUCUAAUCACCACAUAUCUUCUCUCCCAGUCGUCCCUCUAACUCUCCAUAUAAGUUCUUAAUCUCAUUCAAAGCUGAUUAAGGUGAAUAUUACUUGCCUCGGUCGAAUUUAUUUUAUACCUUAUCAAGUUAGUAUGUUAGCCUUUUCCUUCAAUUUUUUUUUCGUACAAAGUAGAACGUACCAUAUUCUUUAAAAAAUAUUAAUGCUUUUAGUUUUUUUUCCUCGUAUAGAAAAUGAUUAAAUGAAAUAUUCGAUUAUUUACCUUGUUUGGUCAUAGAACUCAAGGCAAUGGCUGAAGAACAACUAGGAGUGCUCAAGGCACUCGAUGUUGCGAAGACGCAACUUUACCAUUUCACGGCAAUUGUCAUCGCUGGGAUGGGCUUCUUUACCGAUGCAUACGAUCUGUUCUGCGUUUCCUUGGUGACCAAGCUCCUUGGCCGCAUCUACUACUUCAAUCCGUUGUCAGAGAAGCCUGGCUCACUUCCUCCUCAUGUCGCGGCCGCUGUCAAUGGUGUGGCUCUUUGUGGAACCCUUGCUGGUCAGCUCUUCUUCGGAUGGCUUGGUGACAAGCUCGGAAGGAAAAAAGUGUACGGUGUCACUUUAAUCAUGAUGAUUUUGUGCUCCGUAGCUUCGGGUCUCUCCUUCGGAAACAAAGCCAAGGGUGUCAUGACCACCCUCUGCUUCUUCAGGUUUUGGCUAGGAUUCGGUAUCGGAGGUGACUACCCUCUUUCUGCCACCAUCAUGUCUGAAUACGCAAACAAGAAGACCCGUGGUGCUUUCAUAGCUGCUGUGUUUGCUAUGCAAGGCAUCGGGAUCUUGGCCGGAGGUUUUGUGGGUUUAGCAGUAUCUUCCAUAUUCGACAAGAAGUUUCCAUCGCCGACCUAUGCAGUUAACAGGGCUCUCUCAACGCCUCCACAAGCUGAUUACAUUUGGCGAAUCAUUGUCAUGUUUGGUGCUCUACCCGCAGCCUUGACUUACUACUGGCGUAUGAAGAUGCCCGAAACUGCUCGUUACACCGCUUUGGUGGCCAAAAACCUAAAACAGGCCACACAAGAUAUGUCCAAGGUCUUACAAGUGGAGCUUGAAAUGGAGGAGAGGGAUGAAGAUAUCCUUAAGGACCCUAGACUUAACUAUGGCUUGUUCUCCAAGGAAUUCCUUAAACGCCAUGGUCUUCCCCUCCUAGGAUGUACCUCCACUUGGUUUUUGCUUGACAUUGCCUUUUACAGCCAAAACUUAUUCCAAAAGGAUAUCUUCUCGGCUAUUGGAUGGAUCCCAAAGGCAUCCACCAUGAACGCCAUCCAUGAGGUUUUCAAGAUUGCGAGGGCUCAAACUCUCAUCGCGCUCUGCAGUACUGUCCCUGGUUACUGGUUCACGGUUGCGUUUAUUGAUAUCAUGGGAAGAUUUGCUAUCCAACUGAUGGGAUUCUUCAUGAUGACCGUCUUUAUGUUUGCCAUCGCCUUCCCUUACGACCAUUGGAUCAAACCAGACAACCGUAUCGGAUUCGUGGCUAUGUACUCUCUAACUUUCUUCUUCGCCAAUUUUGGACCAAAUGCAACCACCUUCAUUGUACCAGCUGAGAUCUUCCCGGCUAGGCUAAGGUCUACGUGCCAUGGAAUAUCAGCUGCAACAGGUAAGGCUGGAGCCAUCGUGGGAGCUUUUGGGUUCCUAUACGCAGCUCAGCCACAGGACAAGACCAAGACGGACGCAGGAUAUCCACCGGGCAUUGGAGUCAAGAACUCACUGAUCAUGCUUGGUGUCAUCAACUUUGUCGGUAUGCUCUUCACCUUCCUUGUCCCUGAGCCCAAAGGAAAAUCCCUCGAAGAACUCUCCGGUGAGACUGAGGCAGAGAAAUGAUCAACAUGAAACUAUAUUGUAUUUCUAUUUUUCAUAUUUUGUUUGAAGUGUGAUGUUUGCUUUUGUAUUGGUUUUUAUUAUAUUCGUUUGCCAAUCUUAACAUUUAAUGAUUUUAUAUGAAGAAUGUAUAAUGUUAUCCAUUAUAUUGAGAGGUGUAGAAUAAGUGGGGUUAUGCAUAUCUUCGAUUUAAUUGAGUUGUUUUUUUAGAUUUUUUUUAUAAUUGAUUCCAAAACUUCAAGUCUCCAAUGGUAAGGGCUAUAUUAAAUUUACCUACGUACCUGGAAACAUAAGCAGGUACAUAGAAACAGAAACGGAUGGAAGUGAAACCGUAUGGAAGCGUAUAAGUGAUAUUUUUUAAAAAAUUAGGAAACGGGUAUAUGUUGGAAGCGUAUCCAUAUAUAUAUACACAUAUAAAAAAAUUUAAGAAAAAUCUAGAAUUAAAAAUAAUAUGAUUUAAAUUUAAGAUAAAGCAUUUAUUAAUUUAUAAUAAUUUUGAAAUGAUUUCAUAUUAAAACUGUAAAAUACUCAUAAAUUAAAUUUAAAAUAAAUUAUUAUAUCAGUUAUGUUUAAUACUUUAUAACUAAUGGACAUGAUAUAUUUGACUAUAUGAUUUAUCUUUAAUAAAAACCUCAAUGCAUAAAGAUAAUUUAUAGUAUUAAUUUUAAUAUUUGUAAAUUUCUAUUCUCUCUAUUCAAUACUAUUAAAAUUUGGAUUUUAUAUAAAUUAAAAACUAUAAUUUUAUAUUUUUAUUGAUAUAAGACAUUGUGUUUUUUUUUAAGUAUGGAAGCGUGAUUCCAAAACAGAAUCAUAAGCUUCGAAAGUGUUUUUAAAGAAAAUAUUUUAGAAGCGUUUUGGAAGCGAGAUUCCUUAAGCUUCCACAAGUUUCCGAUUCCGAUUGUGGUUUCGAAGCGAGAAGUGGACGUCCGAUGAAGUUUCCAUGCAACAUAGGAUUUACUCGGCCUCAUUCCAUAUUUGAUUAGUGGAUCUUUUGAAUCAUUUCUUCUUUUUAGUUUGCUUUUCGAUAAACUCUAGUACUCCCUCCAUUCUUAAAAGAUCCAUAUUCUAAAGAAAACUUUUGUUUCAAAAAGAUACAUAUUUUAUAAUUCCAAUGCAAUGUUUGUCAACUAAUAAUGAAAAAUUUUGAAGUUCAAGAACCACUACAAGAAAACAAAAGAUUUACGAAGGCGGUUUUCCUCGUGAUUUCGUCGUAAAAGCAAGUUUACGAGGAAUUAGCGAGGAAACCCGUUUCGUCGUUAUACGUUUGUUGUAACGUAUUUAUCCUCGCUAAUUCGUCGUAACGUAGCGAGGAAAUGAUUUUGUCGUAAAAACGACGAAUAAUAUUUCGUCGUAAAGACUACGUAAAGCUUCAACGUAAGGACGUCGCUAAAUUUCCUCGUAAAUACCUCGAAAUGAGUUCCUCGUAAAACACACGUAAAUAACUCGAAAGUAAAUACUCGUAAAGUAAACGUAAAUACCUUUAAAGUUUUCCUCGUAAAGAACACGUUAAUUUUCAACGUCAUUUCCUUGUAAAUCCUUCCUCGUAAAAACCUCGUUUAACUUCCACGUAAAGAAGUCGCAAACUUAGCUACGAAUUUACUUCGUUUCGUUAUUUUACAGAAAUAUAAAAAUUAUAAUUAAAAAAAUAGUUAAAAUAAUUUAAUUUAUUUAUAAAAUUAAAAUUCUAAAAAAAUCAAAACCAAAAAAGUUUAUAUAUAAAUAAGUUUUGAAUUUAUAAU